UUCUGUUGGCCACGCCCCUCGUGGCCACGCCCCCUCGCCCCUAUCCCCGCCGCCGCCCCGCAGCCCCCCGCGAUGGCCGCGAACCGGUGGUGGCGGCGGCCGGGCCGGGGCGGGGGCUCCCCGGGGUCCCGGCGCUCCCCUCAGUCCCCGGGUCGAAGCCCGGGGCUGCAGCGGCGCCCGGCGAGGGUAACGGUCAAAUACAACCGGAGGGAACUGCAGCGGCGCCUCGAGACCGAGCAGUGGAUCGACCGGAGGCUCGAGGAGCUCUACCGGGGGAGGGAGGAGGAGAUGCCGGACGAGGUGGACAUUGACGCCCUCCUGGAGCUCGAGACGGACACGGAGCGGGCAGAGGCGCUGCAGGCCAUCCUGAAAUCCUGCACCACCAGCAUCGAGGAAUUCAUCCAGGAGCUUCUCCCGCAACUGAAAGGGCUCCCGAAACAACAGGUCCUGCAGCACCCCAAUCCGGAUGAGACCCCCCCAUAACACCCCCUCUGGAAGAAGGGGGGGGGGCUGAAUCAUGGGGACCCCCCCUCGAAUUUGGGGACCCCCCCUGAAAGGCAGGGGAGCCCCCCAAAACCAUCCCCCCCCCCCGCUCCCAUACAGUAUUUAAGCCCUUUCCCCCUUCAAAUUUUGGGGGUCCCCCCUCCAAAAUCCUGUGCCCCCCCCAAUAAA